AUGUGGAGCGCGAAAAGGUGGAGAAGCGGUAGAAGGAGGAGGAAGAUCGAAAGAGGGAGGACGCGAGUAAGAUCGAGCGCGAAAAAAAGGAGAAGCGGCAGAGGGAGGAGGAAGAGCAGAAGAGGGGCGAGGAAGGUGGAGCGCGAAAAGGAGGAGAAGCGGCAGAAGGAGGAGGUAGAGCGAAAGAGGGAGGACGCGAGUGAGGUCGAGCGCGAAAAGGAGGAGAAGCGGCAGAGGGAGGAAGAAGAGCAGAAGAGGGAGGAGGCGAGGAAGGUGGAGCGCGAAAAUGAGGAGAAAAAACGCAAGGAGCAAGAGCGAAAGAGGGAGGACGCGAGUAAGAUCGAGCGCGAAAAGGAGGAGAAUCGGCAGAGGGAGGAGGAAGAGUGGAAGAGGGAGGAGGCGAGGAAUGUGGAGCGUGAAAACGAGGAGAAGCGGCAGAGGGAGGAGGAAAAGGAGGAGAAAAAACGCAAGGAGGAAGAGCGAAAGAGGGAGGACGCGAGUAAGAUCGAGCACGAAAAGGAGGAGAAUCGGCAGAGGGAGGAGGAAGAGCGGAAGAGGGAGGAGGCGAGGAAUGUGGAGCGCGAAAACGAGGAGAAACGGCAGAGGAAGGAGGAAGAGCAGAAGAGGGAGGAGGCGAGGAAGGUGGAGCGCGAAAAGGAGGAGAGAAAACGCGAGGAGGAAGAUCGAAAGAGGGAGGACGCGAGUAAGAUUGAGCGCGAAAAGGAGGAGAAGCAGCAGAGGGAGGAUGAAGAGCGGAAGAGGGAGGAGGCGAGGAAUGUGGAGCGCGAAAAGGAGGAGGAACGGGAACGGAAGCGGCUUGAGGCCAAGGAGCGAGAAACGCUCGGAAAGGAGGCGAGGGACAAGGACGAGCGAGAGCAAAAGAGGCUGGAGGCCGGGGGUGGAGGGAGGACGAGUGGAAGAGGAGCUGGAGAGUGCGGCGAGUGCGCUCCCUAUUCAGAGGCGCCGUCCACCUGCGGCAGAGAAUCCUCUGCAAUGCAGGCAGAGGAACUGGAGGAGGGUGAAUGGGUGGCUGUGGAGAGGGUUCUUCAGGAACAGGAGAAUGCUGGGCCACAGGUUUUCGAGGAGACGGCGGGUGGAUUUGAGGAGGCCGGCGACUGCAUCGCAGCUAGCGGCAAGGUGCAUACCACGUCGAAGUUAAUACGGCGUCUGACGUUGGUUGCGAGAUCUGUGGCCAGAAUUUCGUCGGAGCAAGGUGUCCGCUUCAGCGAAUGCAUGGCCGAGAUUUGCCAGUUUGGUUCGCAGAUGCAAGAAUGGGACAUGCGCUACUUGCGGGACUACGACGAUCUAACGCACGAGUACCACAUGCUCAAGGAUUCAGUGGUCCGGGAGCGCGAGGAGCUCGUCCAAUUGCGUACUGCUCUUUCGACGUCUGCCGCCGAGGCACGAGCGGCAGCAGCUGAUGCAGGCCGAGAAGCUGCCGCAGCGGCUGUGGGAGCAUUGCAGGAAAAGUUAGUCGGGUUUUUCGAGACGUUUGGGGAGAAGCUGAAGGGUGUGGUGGAGCAGGCGAUAGAGCAAGCGUGA